AUGCUCCUCCAAGACGUCCUCGACGGCACAGCGCCUGCACGCAUGGUGCUCGUGCAUCACUCUAUCGCAGCCCCAGCAUGGCCCUUGCUGCAUGAGCUCACGCAGCGUGCACAGGAGCGACGCGUGCCGCUCUUAUCCAUCAAUGUCCUCCCUUCUGCUGCUGGCUCUAGCAAGCUGGCAGGAUCGAGCUCGGGCGCGAACAAAGUGCUGGACCUGAGCUUGCCGCCUGGAUACGGCGGAGACGGGGACGUUCUUGCGCGCGUCAAAGAAGCUUGUCGCAACCUCGCGCCUGGAACCCAGGUGCUCCUCGACGCACCGGAUGUGAUUGCGGAUGACUACGGAACGACUGUGGUCUUGCGCGUCGUGCGCGCCAUCCUCGCUGCUGUCGGCAGCUUGAGUCUCCCCGGCCGGCUCGUCACCGCACUCCCAUCCUCGGAUCUCUUCACAGACUUGACCUCUGCUACCCUAUCCUCGUCCCUCGCCCUCCUCUACCCACACCAUCCCUUGGCAGUGGAGACUGCCGCGCGCGCCGAGCUCGUCCCGACCUCGAACGAGUCGGGCUUCUGGUCCCUCCUCAACACGUCCACUGCUAAUGGAGAUGGAGAUUCGCUCGCUCUGCGCGCGGCAGACGGCGUCGAGGUCGCGCCGAGGGACCACUAUGUCCUGCAGGUCCUUCUGCGCAAGGCAACGGGAGGAGCAAAGGGCAUGCAGCGGUCUACUGAGGGUAUCAAGUGUGACGAGUCCCAAAGGUGGAGCGUGGUCGCUCUCGACGACAUUGUCCAUCCCUUUCAGGCUGUCGCGUCGACAACAGCAGCAUCUGCUGCGGGCACGACACACGCCGACCUCAACCUCCCCUUCAACCUGUCACUGACAGACCGACAGCGCGCAGAGCGCGGCGCCGUCCCUCUCCCCUAUGCGCAUGAAGGUGAAGGCGCAGACCUGGGAAUGGGCAUGGACUGGAGUGACGACGAGGAGGACGACGAGUUCUAG